GUUCGAAUAAUAAUGAGUGCGGUCCAUGAGCAGCGCCAGCCGAAUCCAGUGACAAAGGCCAACUUCUUUUCCAAAUGGUUUUUUAUCUGGACGCGCGAGAUUCUCGUCAAGGGACUGCAACGGAGUCUGGAUCCAUCGGAUCUCUACGAGACCGAACCCAGUCUCGAGAGCACCCAGGUGUCCUCCUUUCUGCUCGGCCACUGGGAGCAGGAGCUCAAGCGGUCCAAGCCCAACGUCCUGCGCAUGAUAUUCAAGGCCUACGGCUGGAGCUUUGUGCCGGCGAGCAUCGUGUACUCCAUCAUGGCCAUAGCAGUGCACACAACGCAGCCCUUGAUGUUGGGCGGCUUGGUGUCCUUCUUCUCGGAGAGCACGGGGAAGAUCACAAAGCAUUCGGCCUACUUGUACGCCAUGGGCGUGGUGCUUUGCUCCCUCAUCUCCGGGCUUUUCUUCCACCCAUUUAUGAAAUACCUGUUCAGAGUGGGCUCUCGCGUCCGUCUGGCCUGCGCGGGACUCGUCUACCGGAAGUUCCUCCGGGUCUCGGUGGCGGCUGACAACAGCGGAGUGAGUGGCUAUGCCAUAUCCCUGAUGGCCACCGACCUGCCCACCUUCAACGAGUCCUUCUACUGCUUCCACGAGCUGUGGCGCGGUCCUUUGGAGGGCGUGGUCUUCGUCUACAUCAUAUACCAACUGAUUGGAUGGCCAGCGGUUGUGGGACUGGGCACCAUCGUGGCCUUCAUCCCACUCCAAGCCUGGGCCGCACGGGCAAUAGCGCGGUACAAGAGGAGUUCGGCGGAUGUGGGAGAUGAAAGGGUGAAGCUGAUGAACGAGAUCAUCGCCGCCAUGCAGCUUAUCAAGAUGUACGCCUGGGAGAAGUCCUUCGCCAAGCUGAUAGGCAAAGUGCGAAAGGAGGAAAUGGACUCCAUAAGGGGGUCCACCUACAUCUACGCAGGACUACAGUGCACAGGCAUGAUCUCCAAGCUGUCCCUCUUCCUCUCUCUGGUGACCUAUGUCUUCACGGGCGACAUAGUCACCUCGCAGAAGGUGUUUAUUGUCGCCAGCUAUUAUGAUCACCUUAACGAUUCCUUGCUCCACUCCUGGCCGCUGGCCAUCAACAUGUGGGUGGAGACCUUUGUGGUGGCCAAUCGCGUGAAGGAUUUCCUCUUCCAGCACGAGAAUCCAGCUGAUGGUGGAGUACACAACUUUAAGGAGGCGGAGGAUAAUCCGGAGCACGGCAACUUCCUCGGACGCACCCACAAACCCAAGGCCGAAGUAAAGAGCAUUACGGUCCAUAAACUCACUGCGAGUUGGGAUCAGAAGAAGCAGGAGAAGCGCCAUCGCCACAUCGAGGAUGUGAGUUUUCAGGCCCAGGAUCAGCAAUUUGUGGGAAUCGUGGGAACCGUGGGUGCGGGAAAGAGCACCCUUCUACAAGUGAUCCUCGGUGAACUGGAUAUUAUUAGUGGCAGUGUGGACGUCAAUGGAGUCCUCAGUUAUGCUCCUCAGGAGCCCUGGUUACUCCGGGGUAGUCUGCGAGAUAAUAUCCUCUUUACGGAACCCUACGAUGAGCAGCGUUAUCUGGAGGUCCUGCGAGUUUGCCAUCUUGACAGGGACGUGGAACAACUCCCGCUGGGCGAUAGCACCAGGCUGGGCGAAGGUGGUGCCAGUCUGAGUGGCGGUCAAAAGGCAAGAGUUAGCCUUGCGCGGGCUGUCUACCGGAAGGCGGAUAUCUACCUCCUGGACGAUCCGCUUUCCGCUGUGGAUUCUCAUGUGAGCAAGAUGCUCCUGGAUCGGUGUCUCAACGAGUUCCUGUCCAAGAAGAUUCGCAUCCUGGUCACCCAUCGUGUUCAGCUGCUCAGACACGUGGAUCAUUUAGUGCUGCUCGAGGGUGGUCGCAUCUCUGUCCAGGGGCACUAUGAUGCCCUCAAGAAGCUAAUUCGAUUCAGGAUGUCGGUGGCCAAUGAUGUGGAGGUGGCCAAGUUGCGGGCCAUGCGAACGGAUAGCGUUUACGAGGAGCCCGAACCACGAAAAUCCCUGUCCCAGGAGGAGCAUCUGGAUCGGCACGAGAUAGAGCAGCAGUUCAAGGAGCAGCAGCAAAUAGGAUCUGUGAAGCUGCACACCUACAAGGAGUACUUCAAGGUGCUGGGGCAUCCGUUGGUCGUGGUGCUCAUCCUGCUUAUGUUCGUCGUGGCCCGUUCCUCCGAGGCAACCAUGGAUAUAUUCCUGUCCAAGUGGGCAACUUGGGAGGAGACGGAACCCAAUCAGCACGAGCCCAUUCCGGAGUAUCAUAGAACUCGACUGCGCAUGAUGAUCCUGUAUACGUUCCUCAUCCUGUGCACCCUCAUCUUCUACGUGCUCCGCACCUUUGGCUUCUUUAUGAUGACCCUGCGGAUAUCGCUGCGCAUCCACGACCAGCUCUUCGAAGGAGUCAUCCGAGCCUUCAUGCACUUCUUCACGCUGGCCACCUCCGGCCGGAUUUUGAAUCGUUUCUCCAGCGACGUUCUGGCCAUCGAUGUCAAUCUGCCGCAGGCUCUGAUGGACUCCAUUGAAUUUGCUGUGAAUGCUCUGGCGGUGCUCGCUGUGGUCAGCACGGCGAAUAUUUGGCUCCUCCUACCGGCCACCGUGGUGGUGGCCCUGUUGUACGGCUGUAGGUGUCUCUAUAUAGGAGCUAGCCGGAGUUUGAAGCGCAUAGAAACUAUAUCUCGCAGUCCAAUCUACUCCCACACAAAUGCCACCUUCAAGGGAUUGGCCACCAUCCGUGCUCUGAAUGGCACCAAGUACAUGGAGCGGGACUUCCACUACUACCAGAACGAGAACACCUCUGCUCUGUACCUUCAUGUGAGCAUUAACCGGGCCUUCGCCUUCUGGACGGACCUCAUCUGCGUGCUGUACAUCCUGGCGGUGACAUUCAGUUUCCUGCUCUUCGACAAGCACAGAGGAUACUACAGCGGAGAUGUGGGUCUGGCCAUCACACAGUCCAUGAAACUAGUGCUCAUGUGCCAGGCGGGAAUGCGGCAAACCGUGGAGCUCGAGAACAUGAUGACUAGCGUGGAGCGGGUAAUGGAGUAUGUGAACAUACCAUCGGAACCUGCCUUUGAAACGGAGGAAUCCGUCAAUCUGCCGAAGCACUGGCCCAGUGGAGGACAGCUGGACUUCAGGGAUCUGCGGCUGCGCUACAGUAAUCACGGGCCCUACAUCCUCAAAGGUCUCACCUUCACCAUCCGUGGCGAGGAGAAGAUCGGCAUAGUGGGACAUACGGCGGCGGGCAAGUCCUCCAUUGUCCAUGCCCUCUUUCGGUUGGCUCACAUCGAUGGACACAUCUGCAUCGAUGGCUUCGAGACAUCCCAGCUGGGCCUGCACGAUCUGAGACGUAGGAUCUCGAUCAUACCGCAGGACCCGGUGCUCUUCUCGGGAUCCCUCCGCUUCAACCUCGAUCCCUUCGAGGAGAAGACGGACGAGGAACUGUGGCUGGCCCUGGAGGCCGUCAAGCUCAAGGAGUUUGUAUCGAAUCUGAAGGAGGGCAUCAACUGCAGGCUCCACGACUGCGGGGCCAACUUCAGCAUGGGCCAGAGGCAGCUGGUCUGCCUGGCCAGAGCCCUCCUGCGCCAGAACAAAAUACUCAUCAUGGACGAGGCCACAGCCAACGUGGAUCCCGAGACCGACAAUCUCAUCCAGGAGGCGAUCCACACCAAGUUCGCCCACUGCACCGUGCUGACUAUCGCCCACCGGCUGCACACCGUCAUGGACAACGACCGCGUGAUGGUGGUGGACAUGGGCCGUGUGGUGGAGCUGGGGCAUCCGCACGAGCUGCUGCACAACCGGCACGGCUACCUGCAUCGCUUCGUGGAGAAGACGGGCGUGGGAACGGCGCAGCACCUGCGCCACCUGGCAGAGCAGAGCUACCGGAAGAGGGUGCUGGGCCGGAAGUCGGAGGAUCAGGGAUCCGUGCUGGAUCUGGGGUACAAGGGGACGACGCUGUGAAAGACUGCUGGGGGGAAUCAAUUGGUACACCGGGGUGGAGUGGUUUUCGUUCGUAGGUAUGGUAAUAUAGACUUUAUUAUAGUGAACUGAUCUUUAAAUAUAGUUAUAUAUAUGUAUAUACUUUAUAUGUAGUUCAUAAUAUACUCGAUCGAUCGUUUGCCUUCUGGAAUUUGAAAAAGCAAUUUGUCUUGUAGGUUAAGAUUACAUUACCAUCG